AUGUCUUGCUCAGCAUCUGAGAUUGACAGUGAUCAAUCUGACACACAUGGGAAUGAGAUCGUUGACAGUGAACCUGAACAAGACAAUAUUGCAAGUUACCUUCAGGAUGGAAGCAGAAAGAGGGUGAGAACUUAUGAUGAAAAAGACGAUGAUGUGUGUGUCCCUACCAAAAAGGCUACACAGCAUCCACCUGCUACAGGCGGGGCAGGCAGUCAGUUAAGUAUGAUACACUUUAUGAAAACUAAGCAACUAGGAGAGAAGCAAGUUAAAGAUAUGCCACCAUACCAAAGCGAGAUUAUACCAAGUAUAGGCAAGUUUGCUUAA